AUGUUGUCUACGAAGGCCCAUGUUUUUUUUGCCUGCCUCUUGGCAAAAACCUACGGACUCAGUCACCACCAGCCCGUGGCAGGAUACCAGAACCCCGGUUACAACGGCUACGCUGCUCCAGUGGGUGGCGCUCCUUACCAAGGAUACGCUAACUACGCAGCUCCGCCUCAACCUUACAGCUUUGGCUACGACACGGUGGACGAGCUCGGCAACCGGCAGUUCCGGAGCGAGCAGGGCGACUCCAACAACGUUAAGACCGGUUCCUACGGAUACCGGGAUAUUAAUGGGCUCUACCGGCGAGUAAGCUACAUCGCCGACGCCAACGGCUUCCGCGCAACGGUAGACACCAACGAGCCAGGCACUGCACCUGGAGCAAGCGCGGACGCCGUGUUCAACGCCGCCCCGGUCGUCGCGCCGGUGCCUGCUGGAGCACCUAAUGCCGGCGCAUACGGCACCAGGACGCCAGCGCCGGCCUACGCCGGAUACGGCGGAUACGGCCAAUACGGAUACGACCAAUAUGGCCGUGGGGCCGGUGGCUAUGGGUACGGCGGUUACGGUCAGUCUGGCUACGCUCCCAACGGACCAGCGCUCGGCGGGUACGCCUACGGAGCUUCCUCUCCUUACGGCUACGGUGCAGCAGGCUACGCUGGAGGACGCUACGCGCCUGCCGCCUACGGUAGCAGGGUUGCCGGUCACCAUGGUAGGCGCCGUCGGCGAUGAACUGUGUGCGUGAUGCGUGGAAUUUCUCAUCCGUGAUGUAGUGAUCUGGCGGCGUGUUAGCGCCCUCGUUCAGUAUCGUAAAUAUACUGGUGACAUCGUAGUGGGGUGCUGGCCACGCAAUGCGCCAUGAUGCUCACCUCCCACGUUUGCCGUUUUGGCGAGGUGAAAGAUGCAA